UAUGUGCUGCAACAUAAACAAGCCUUAAAAAUAUUAUGCCAGGGGAGAGAAACCAGUCACAGAGGACCAGCAUCCCAGAGCCCCAGGGUUUGGUUCCAAGACUGCAGAGAAUGGAAACAAAUCACCGAUGAAAAGCCCUGGAUGUUGGCGGGUCACCAGCAGCAGCAGCAGCAGCACUGCCAGCGACGGUCAUUCCGCUGUGAAUCAGUUUACAAGAUGGCCUCAGUCCACAGUUGCUGCAGGUUGCAGGGCACCCAGAAGGGCCCGGAAAAGAACAGAAGGUGGAGCCAGCUCCAAUGUCUUCUCCAUGUUUGAUCAGUCUCAGAUUCAGGAAUUUAAAGAGGCCUUCACCAUCAUGGACCAGAACCGGGAUGGCUUCAUCGACAAGGAGGACCUCAGGGACACCUUUGCUGCCCUGGGCCGCAUCAAUGUGAAGAAUGAGGAGCUGGAGGCCAUGGUGAAGGAGGCCCCCGGGCCCAUCAACUUCACAGUCUUCCUGACCAUGUUUGGGGAGAAGCUGAAGGGCACGGACCCAGAGGAGACCAUUCUGCAUGCCUUCAAGGUGUUUGACGCUGAAGGGAAAGGUUUCAUCAAGGCUGAUUUCAUCAAGGAGAAGCUCAUGACCCAGGCAGACCGCUUCAGCGAGGAGGAGGUCAAGCAGAUGUUUGCAGCUUUCCCUCCAGACAUGUGUGGCAACCUGGACUACAGGAACCUGUGCUACGUCAUCACGCAUGGUGAAGAGAAGGACUAAGAGCCACUGACUCCUGAAAUUAGAGGCAGCAAUUCUCAGGGGUGGGGAGACAGUUGAGGAGCUGCUGCAGCCAUUUUGAGUGGUGAGGGAGACACCUCUCACCCUGUGGGUCUGGGGGCAAAGCAAGAAUAAAUAAU